AUGACCUCUGAACGAGCUAUCCCGCAUCUGCGCGACAUUUUCGGCCUGAAUCAGCAGUACGAUGGCAAGGCUUACGACGAAAAUGAAGAUAAAACCAAAAAGUGCGUAAAAAAGAAGAAGGACGACUAUCGUACAUACGCUAAUGGCGACGUAAAAACUCUCGAAAGACAUCUCAGCAUGAAAAAGACCAUACGCAAAAAGAUUAUGCGUGAUCUCCAACAGGCAUUCGUAGAAGACCCUAACGAGUUUAAGGUCGAAAAUACGAGUCCGGAGAAAUUGAAGGCAGAACUCAGUGCUGAAGCUGUAAAAAUAGAGAAAAAUGUUCGGAAAAAUGAUCCUACGUUCUUAGAUAUGCUCCGAGGCGAGACGAGGGGGGAGGAGACCAGGGAGGAACAACCUCCAGCGGAAAAGACCAGCUUCUGGCGGCGUCUCACCAUGAAGAACAAAAACAAAAGA